UGCUUUAAAACCAGCUGUGUUGGAUGCACGGUUACACUCGUAUUCUACAGUGAUUAAACUGCAGCGAUGGCAAGAACAAAGCAGACCGCUCGUAAAUCCACCGGUGGUAAAGCCCCGAGAAAGCAGCUCGCUACUAAAGCUGCCCGGAAGAGCGCCCCAGCCACCGGCGGCGUCAAGAAGCCCCACCGUUACAGACCCGGGACCGUGGCUCUCCGAGAGAUCCGCCGCUAUCAGAAGUCCACCGAACUGCUGAUCCGCAAACUGCCUUUCCAGCGUCUGGUGCGAGAGAUCGCUCAGGAUUUCAAGACGGACCUGCGCUUCCAGAGCUCCGCUGUCAUGGCCCUGCAGGAGUCAAGCGAGGCUUACCUGGUCGGUCUGUUCGAGGACACCAACCUGUGCGCCAUCCACGCCAAGAGAGUCACCAUCAUGCCCAAAGACAUCCAGCUGGCCCGCCGCAUCCGCGGAGAGCGCGCUUAAACCCGCCGCUGCGUCAGCCGCGUCACACCCCAAAGGCUCUUUUAAGAGCCAACCACAUCACUCUAAAUGAGACGGUUUCCACUGGAACUGACUGUAAAUCACUAUAACAUUACACUUAGGCUUUCAAUGAAUCUUUUCUGCUUGUUUGUUUAUGAAUCCCUAAUUUAAACAAGAAAGUACACAUGCAAAGACAUGACGUCCAUGUGCGUUGGACACUUCUGCAGUUAAAUGCUAUAAUAGUGAAAAUGCCUUAUACUUAAGUUUGUGUGUAAUACAGCCAAGUGCAAUUAUGUAUAAGGUUAAUAUUAAGAUAUUAUGUAUUGUCAAGUUGAAUGUGCGACAAAACGUCUGUUGCAUUGUUUAAGGUGAAAAUACAAGUAAUUUGGUUAUCGUAGGUGUUUAUUUAAAAUAAAUUGAGAACUACUGCUAUAAUGUUUGAUAGGACAUCUGUAGCGCCAUUUGGUGUGAGUUCGUGCCGCUCGAUUAUGAGUUAAUCUGAUUAAAAGCAUCUCACAGUUAUGUCUGUAAAUAUUCUGCAGAUAAUGUCUCAUACAUCUUUAUCAAAUAAAUCUUUUCAAACUUGGAUUAAAUCGUUAGUUCAGGGUUUGAAUUUAACCUCAUUGUUUCCUGCUCCAACUAAUGAAGGG